CCAGCCGGGGGCGCCGAGCCGCUCCAGUCCCCGGCGCGCCGCGGGCUGGUGGGCUCAGCGGCGGCGCCGGCACUGGGAAAUGACCCUGCCCGGGGGCCCAACGGGCAUGGCGCGGCCGGGGGGCGCGAGGCCCUGCAGCCCGGGGCUGGAGCGGGCCCCGCGCCGGAGUGUCGGGGAGCUGCGCCUGCUCUUCGAGGCGCGCUGUGCGGCGGUCGCUGCGGCCGCCGCCGCGGGGGAGCCCCGGGCCCGCGGGGCCAAGCGGCGUGGGGGACAGGUCCCCAACGGGCUUCCGCGGGCUCCCCCGGCCCCGGUGAUCCCUCAGCUGACCGUGACAGCCGAGGAGCCCGACGUGCCCCCGACCAGCCCUGGGCCGCCGGAGCGGGAGAGGGACUGCCUCCCGGCAGCGGGCUCUUCGCACCUGCAGCAGCCGCGCCGCCUUUCCACCUCGUCGGUCUCCUCCACUGGCUCUUCGUCGCUGCUCGAGGACUCGGAGGACGACCUGCUGAGCGACAGUGAGAGCCGGAGCCGCGGCAACGUGCAGCUGGAAGCGGGCGAGGACGUGGGUCAGAAAAACCACUGGCAGAAGAUCCGGACCAUGGUCAAUCUGCCGGUCAUAAGCCCUUUCAAGAAGCGCUACGCCUGGGUGCAGCUGGCAGGGCACACUGGGAGUUUUAAGGCGGCGGGCACCAGCGGGCUGAUCCUGAAGCGCUGCUCGGAGCCGGAGCGCUACUGCCUGGCGCGGCUGAUGGCUGACGCGCUGCGCGGCUGCGUGCCUGCCUUCCACGGCGUGGUGGAGCGCGACGGCGAAAGCUACCUGCAGCUGCAGGACCUGCUCGAUGGCUUCGACGGACCUUGUGUGCUCGACUGCAAAAUGGGCGUCAGGACUUACCUAGAGGAGGAGCUGACCAAGGCCCGUGAGCGGCCCAAGCUGCGGAAGGACAUGUACAAGAAAAUGCUGGCGGUGGAUCCUGAAGCUCCCACGGAGGAGGAGCACGCGCAGCGCGCCGUCACCAAGCCGCGCUACAUGCAGUGGCGGGAAGGCAUCAGCUCCAGCACCACCCUCGGCUUCCGCAUCGAGGGCAUCAAGAAAGCGGACGGCUCCUGCAGCACCGACUUCAAGACUACGCGAAGCCGAGAGCAGGUGCUUCGCGUCUUUGAAGAGUUUGUGCAAGGAGAUGAGGAAGUGCUGAGGCGGUAUCUGAACCGCCUGCAGCAGAUCCGGGACACCCUGGAGGUAUCCGAGUUCUUCAGGAGGCACGAGGUGAUCGGCAGCUCGCUCCUCUUUGUGCACGAUCACUGCCAUCGCGCCGGCGUGUGGCUCAUCGACUUCGGCAAGACCACGCCCCUCCCCGAUGGCCAGAUCCUGGACCACCGGCGGCCCUGGGAGGAGGGCAACCGCGAGGACGGCUAUUUGCUGGGGCUGGACAAUCUCAUUGGCAUCCUGGCCAGCCUGGCUGAGAGAUGAGGCUGGACUCCUGUCCCCGCGGGCCGCUCACCUGACAUGUGGACCUGCAGCUUUGUCCCCACUGUGCAUGCCGGCUUGAGACUGAAGCCCCGCGGUGCAGGGCAGUUCACCGGGUCCUGCAGGGCCAGGUGCCAGCCACUAAGGGGGGGCACCGCCGAUGCCAGGGGUUUUGCCCACCCGGGCCCCAGCGUUCCCAGAGCCAAAUGACACUAACUUAUAGAAGGGGAGGGGGCAAAGGGCUUCUUCCUCAGGCCAGCUCUUCUGAGGAGGCUCUGCCCUCUCCAGAGGUGCCAGACCGUGGAUUUUAUUUAGCAAGCCUAGACCUUCUGGUCUAACCUCUCACACUACGAUGGACUCCCCUUCCUAAUAAAACUCAAAGACAAGAUGCA